GGGCAGGAUGAGCACUUCCACGAGCGGUCUCCUCGGGGCGAAGAAGAGCAUGAGCAACUAUGGCACGUACCAUGGCGACCCGAACGUCCAGCGGCUCAUGGAGACCUCUGACAAGCUCGAGCGCACCAAGCAGACGAUCGCGCAGGCCGACUUGACGGCCCGGCAUGUGCUCGUGGAGCUCGAGAGCCAGCGGGGCCAGUUCCAGGACAUGAAAGACAUGGUCCGGGAGACGAACAGCGCGACGACGCAGGUCAACCACUAUUUAGUCCAAAUCCGCGACCGCGCGCUGCGCCGCAAGAUCUGCUUAUGGGCCAUCAUCGUGCUCCUCACGGUCGCCGACGUCUUCUUCUUUUAUUAUUUCUUCCUAAAGCAAUAGAGACGCAGUCUGUGUACAAUGC